AUGGCUGAAAAGCGAAAAUUGUUAGCAGAAAUCGAAAAAUGCUACAAAAAGAUUGAUGAAGGUGUGGAAUUAUUUGAAGAAAUAAUGGAUAAAAUGCAGGAGGCAAAUAGUGAUAAUCAACGAGAUAAAUAUCAAGAUGAUUUGAAAAAAGAAAUAAAGAAAUUGCAAAGGUUACGAGAUCAAGUGAAAAAUUGGCAAAAUUCAUCGGAUAUCAAAGACAAGGAUAAACUUAUUCAAUAUCGACGAUUGAUUGAACAAAGAAUGGAACAAUUCAAAGAUGUUGAACGAGAAAAUAAAACAAAACCUCAUAGUAAACUCGGUUUAUCAGCUGAAGAAAAAUUGGAUCCAAAAGAAAAAGAGAAAGCUGAAGUUAUGGAUUGGAUUCAAACACAAAUUCGAGCAUUGAAUGAUGAAGCUGAUAGAUCAGAAAUGCAAUUAGAAUCAUUAUCAAAUGCUGAUACUGGAAAAAAAAGAGGAAAAAAAGAAGAUGCGAAGUCAAAAAAUGAGCGAGAAAAAAGAUCGGAAGAAUUGAGAAGACAUUUAGAGCGAUUAAAGUUUCAUGUUGAAAAAUUAGAAGUUUGUAUGAGAAUGAUUAGUAAUGAAUCACUUCAUCCAAAAGAUGUAAUGAAUCAAUUGAAACAACCAAUUGAAGAAUAUAUUGAAAUGGUUGGAGAUGAUAUGGAUUCAUAUGAUCCUGAAGAUGCUUAUGAUGAAUUGAAUUUGGAGAAAUUAUGCGCUCAAAUUGGAGGAGUUAAUUUGUUAUCUGUGGAUGAUGAACAUAAGGAAAAUGGUUAGUGAUUUAUGAAUUUCAACUGAAAAUAUUCAUUUUCUCCAGUUUCCUAUCCAAAAACCGCUAAAUGAAAGUUUGGAGUUUUUAUUCGAAACUCAGAAUUCAGAAAUGAUUUACUAAAUUACUACGGUCACGUUAUUUUUAAUUUGUUGGAUUUUUUUUUGAAAAUUAAAAAAUUGCAAGCGAAAACACGUGUGACGUGGCAAUCCUGUUUUUCAUUUUCAUUUCUUUCUUCAAAAAACAGGUUUAUCUGAACGUCAAUAUCAGUUUUCCCCUCACAAAAGCUUCACAUCAUCAAAACUCACCAAAUUUCAGGUCAUGAUCUUGGAAUUGACACCGACAUGGGUGCUGUUUCUGGUUCUCGCCACGGAAGCGGCGAAAAUGGACAGCCACCAAGUCCGGCUGGUCGACGAGUUGGUUUGCCGCUGACAAUGUCAUCACCGCAUCAAUCAAAUACUCCGCCACAAUCGAAUGAUCACAAGAAAUUGGCUAGCAAGUGAGUUUUUGCGGGAAAAGUGUGGAAAACUAGAUUUCGCUAUAGUUUGAGAGAAUGAAAUUUCUGAUAUGAAAUUCACUUCUCUAGAAAAAAGGUUCCAAAAAUGGUUACAAGGGAACAUUUCAAGAUUCCACAGUCAAAUCUAAUGCUCAACUCUUAACAUGAGUAAUGAAGUGGCCAAAAUGAAGAAAAAUUAGGAAUUCACAAUUUUUAGAUGCUCGUUCAAGACAUUUUCAUCAGAAUGGGAGCUCCCAGGGCUUUUAAGCAUAUGAUUGAAAAAAAAAGUAGGAGUCUUAAUAAUUUUUUACUGAAGCAAUAUGAAGGUUAAGACCCCUCCCUCAUUUUUCUUAUAUAUUACCAAUUUUCAUACUUCAAAAUCUGUUUUUGGACAGCCGUAGUCCAGGUGUCAAAUGAAUGAAUAAUAUGUUUUUGUUACAGAGAAUCAUCAUUAGAUCGACCUCGUUCACCAAUCUCAGCACCUCCUCCUCCGCCACCUGGAAUACCAUAUAAUUCUGUAGCUGCUGGUCGAAGUACAACAACACCAACACCUGUAGCAAAUAACACUUCUGUCUCAUCUGGAAUUGGUUCAUUUUCCGCAGUCGCAACACCGACAACACCAAAUUCCAUCUGUUCACCAACUGUUUUGCAAAAAAAUAAUAAUAAUUCUUCGUUGUAAGUUUUUUUCUAUCUUUUUCAUUUAAAUAAUCGAGUUGUUUUUGCAGAAUAAUGACUUCAAAUGGGCCUAGUGAAAUGCAUUUAGAUGUAAGUUUUUAUUUUAGUUUUGUCUCGAAAUGUUUUUGAGAAAAAUCUUGAAUACAGGAAGAAAGGAAAAGUGAAGAAUUGGAAUUGGAAGAUGAAGAACAAGAGGUGAAAAAAAUAUGAAUAGUUAUAGUGAUAGUCAUAGUUUUCUUGUGUGUGUGUGUGGGUUCUAUUUUAGAAAAUAUUUAGUCGCUUUUCGAAACACAAAAAACAAUUCUGAAAUUCAAAUCAUUUUUUUUUCAGACACCCUCGACGAUUUCAUCGAAAAAAGAUAGUGUUAGUUCGAAAAGAUCGACGAAUGAAAACGAAUUGUUGGAUGGUUUGAAUGGUUAGUUUUUCGGGUGGAAAACUUGGGACUUUUCCUGUGAAAAUUCUGAAGCUAGGAUUUUUUUACCAAAAAAUGAAGAAAUUGCGAAAUUUCUUUUUAGUCGAUUUGAAAAUUCUGAGUUUUCCGAUAGAUUUUCCAAGGAAUUGUUUAAGAACAAAAUUAAGCUGCUUCAGAACUUUUAAAAAAUUUGUCCGAUUAAAAUUGUUUUUUUUUUCAUAAAAAAAAACCUCUCUUGAAAAAAAGCGCAAAAUAUUCUAAUUCAUGGAAAAGAGAAUUACUAAGCUUUUCUGAGAAUUUUAUUUUAUCUGGAAUAUUCGAAUUUUCACAACUCAAUAAAAUGAUACAAUUUCAGUGUAAAAAUUUUUAAUAAGGCAAAAAUAUGAAGUAACUAUUCUAAAAAUUUUUCAUGUAGUUCAACUCACAAACGUCUUUCAUAAAAAAAAUAUAGUGCAAAAAAGAGCUUUAUGGAAAAAUUGAAAUUUCCAAAAAAAAACGAAAAAAAGACAUCAUAAAAUAAUAAUUUGAGCCUUGACAUAAUAAUAGGUUUUUUUUUCGAAAAAAAAUCGUAAAAAUCUCAUUCCAUUUAUUGCAAGAAAAAUUCGUAUUGAAAUCAAAGAAAAUUGCAAAAUUGAUCUAAUUCUCCAAUGCCACGUUGCAAAUUUUCUUGAAUUUUUUAAAUUAAGAAUUUAGCGCCUCUCUUGGGAGUACUGUAAAAGCUAUAUUUAGCCAAAUUAAUUAUAUACUUCAUUUCUGCUGAAAAUUAUAAAUUAUAAACAAUUUUCGCAUUUCUCUCUUUCUCCUAUUUCAAAAAAUGUAUGAAUAAUUUUUGAUCUACGAUAUUUUUGGGCGCGCAGAUUUUUGCUUUUACUUUUUGUUCAACAAAAAAAUUUCGCAAAAAAUCCCCCACCAAAAAAUAACUAGUUCUUUUUUCUGUUUCAACAUCUUCAGUUUAUUCAUUACGUCAUUUUCGAAUUCAUUUUCUGCUUCUCUCGCGACACUCCCAAUUUGUCAACACUAUUUCAAACCUGUUUAUUUCUCUGCACUCUCUUCUUCUUCCUCGCUCUCUCAUUCUCUUUUCGUGUUCAAUUUUGUCAUGCUUUUCGAACACAGAAAAAAAAGAACUGCGAUUUUUCCUAAUUCUUUUGCACUUUAUUUGGCCUUUUAUUGAUUUUCGUAUACAUUUUUCUUGCAAAAAGAAGAGAUGAAAAUGUUGCUAAAUUAAAAAUUGAUGGAUUUUUUUGCGCAUCUCUCAGAGCUUUUGGUUCUGGUCCCGGUUUCAUUCUAAAAUUUAUAAAAAUGAAAGUUUCAGGCGAUACAACAUCGUUGAAAAGUUCAACGAGUACACUAACAGCGGUUGCGGCAGCUGCAGCCACGGCGAGUUUAACUCAAAUUGCACCACCAACAUUGUCUUCGUUGUCAUCACAACAAAUUGCUGCAAGUGCUGCUGUGGCUGCUUCAACUGCACCAACAACAAAUAACACGACGACGACACCAAUAAUUGCAAAUAGCAGUCAAAUGAAUGACGAUUCGGCAUUGAGAGCACUUCGAUUAUCGAAUCAAAAUAAGUCAAAUACCACGUCGACCGAACCAAAAAGAGUGAGUUUUCCGAGCACAUUUUUAGGCCUUAUCAAAAAAAUUUUUAGAUUUGGACUUUUUUUAGAUUUGAACUUAAUUUCGUCCUCAAAUUCCUCCAUCUAAAAGCACCUUAAUCUCAUAUGUUUUUUUUGCAGGCUCAUAUUCCAGCAUGGUUGGGUGCUUCUCCAUUGGGACGUGCUCCAAAUACUCAAGAAUAUGAUAUUCAAUCAGCCGCUCUUGAAGUUGCUGUAACUCGAACACAAUUACCAUUGGACAGUGAAAAACCGCGUGUCUAUUUGCCAAAAAUGAUGCUUCCAGUUCCAUCAUAUUAUGCUCAAACAGCUCCAUCAAAUGCGGAUUCACUCGAAUAUUAUCUUCGAUUAUCGCCCGACACAUUAUUCUUCAUCUUCUAUUAUAUGGAAGGAACACGAGCUCAGCUGCUGGCAGCCAAGGCUCUCAAAAAACUAUCGUGGCGAUUCCAUACCAAAUAUUUGACUUGGUUUCAACGACAUGAAGAACCCAAAACUAUCACUGAUGAUUAUGAACAGGUAAGAAAAGAAAUUUGAAUUUUGAAAUUAAAAUAUUCACGAGAUUUCUGAGAAAAAAUCUAUAAAAUCUUAUUUUUUGUUGAAAAUUUGAAAGGGUUUUCAGUUUUCGAAGAAAAUUCAAAUUUUAAUCGGAAAUCUGAUUUUUCAAAUAUUUUCUAUAGAAUUGGGCAAUAAGUUUUGGUCGUAGAAAUUUAGAAAGCAGAUUUUCUGAUAAAAACUUUUUCUUGAAAAAUUGAAGUAUUUCAUAUUUCAUAUAUCUUUUGAUUUUUUCAACUUUCAAAGAGAGCAUUAAUUUUGUAAUCCUAAUUUUUUUCUAGAAUAAAAAAAAUUAACCUAAAAUUUUUAAUGUUAAUUUUUUGCAGGGAACAUACGUGUAUUUUGAUUUCGAAAAAUGGUCUCAACGCAAAAAAGAAUCGUUUACAUUCGAAUAUAAAUUUUUGGAAGAUAAGGAAUUUGAUUAA